CACCGCCUUUUGACAUUCUGACAAUGAACAAAGUGAGGUUAUAAAAUUAGAGAAAAGCAUAUGAUUAUGAUUAAAAAUUAUUAGAGGCAUUUGCAUAUUUUUGGAUUCGAGAAGAGAAACGAAAUGGCUCUGGCCGUUCGAGGAAUUUUACGUGAGAGGUUUUAUCCAGUCGUACAGGCGAAGCGUUUCCGAGGGAAAAUUAAUAUCCAACGACCGAAACCCCUUCAUUUUGAUCGAGCAGUAUUUACAGAACUUACAAAACCGUGGUAUUUGAAUCCGAAAAGACUAAAAACGCCAAUUGAAUUGUGCUCGAAACCUACAGAUAAAAUUAUUGAAGAUGUUGAUAACCCCUAUCAAAGAAUAAUUGCUCGCGAGCUUAGAGAACGGUUUGAUCAGUCAAGACUUAUUGCUUUUUAUCAUCGCAAUUCAAUGAAUUCAGAUCAACAAUAUAAAGCAUAUGUUGCUUUUAUAAAGGCAAAAAUGCAUAUUAAAACUUAUGGAAAAAAAACUUUAGAAAUGGCGGUGAAAGACACGAAAUUCGAACCAGUUUUAGAUUUUUACGUUUCACAGAAUGUAAUGGUGUUUAGUCCAGAACCAGAUAUAAAGCAGUUGUUGAAAGUUACCAAAAAGUUUCCACAAAUGGUUUUGCUGGCUGCUAUAUUCGAAGGCAAGUUUAUAAGUAAAGAUGAAGUAAUGGAGCUACAUUUAAUUCCAAAUUUACAAACAGCGCAAGCUGCACUAGUCCAGACAUUAAAUAGUGCAACAACUACGUUAACACAGCAGUUAAACUCACAUCAAAACACAUUAGUCUCAAAUCUUCAGGAAAGAGUAAAACAAUUAGAAGAGCACAAAUAAUUUAAUAAUAUAGUUAUAAAAUUA